CAACCUCUGUACCACUCCCUCGAGAAGGCUCAUCAUUACACGCCCACAAGCCAACUUUGUUUUUACUGCUGCUUCUCUUGAUUUUGAACCUGCUACAUCUACAGACACCCUCACGUGGGUUACUACUCGUCCUGCUACCACAGAGAGAGAGGCCCUGACUAGCAAACCCCACCUUCGACAUGGCAAGCAAGCGUGGCAACAAGGCCUCCGCCGACAACGAGAUCGACGAACUCUUCGAGGGCAUCGAUACCAAAAAAGCUCCCGCACCCACUGGAAAGACGCCUGUCUCUGCCAAGCCCAAGGCUGGGGAUGACAUCCUCGCGGAGCUCGAGAACGAGCUGGGCGAGAAGGCCCCCUCCCGCCCUCACACCCCGCGCGUAAGGGAGCCGGCCAAGCCGGCCAAGCGCACGGGUACACCCUCCACAGAGGGUGCGGCCACACGGGCGUCCCUGGAGCAGCCGAACGUCACUCGAAAGUCUGUCGAGAGCACCCGGUCUAUACAUGCAAGCUUCACCCCGAGCGCGACGUCCUCAGAUCUACAGGAGUCCGAGAAGACGAAGGGGACCGUGGAGCAGGCGCAGCAGGCUGCGGCUGCAUCAGGGGGUGGUGGCGGCUGGUGGGGAGGCUUCGUGUCGACUGCUGCGGCGGCCAUGAAGCAGGCCGAAGCUGCGGUCAAGGAGAUCCAGCAGAACGAGGACGCAAAGAAGUGGGCAGAUCAGAUGCGAGGCAACGUCGGUGCCCUCAGAGGACUGGACGGCCUUGCUCAUAGGGCGCUCCCUGCGCUCACCAAUAUCAUGAACACCAUCGCACCUCCAAUCUCUCAACACGAGCGCUUACUUAUUCACAUCACCCACGACCUCGUUGGCUACCCUUCCCUCGAUCCCCUCAUCUAUGGCGUAUUCAACCGGGUUAUGGCGCAGGUGGAGGGAGGUGAUCUGAUGGUGGUCCAGCGCGGGCACGAGAGCUCCAUAAAGUCUCCUUCUCAUGAGAAGAGUGGUUUCUUCUCAGGCGGACACAGCGCAGCUGGCUGGCGUGAUGGGCCCUGGUGGCGUGACGUGGGCUCCCCUCGCGAUCUCGGUCUGAUCAAGGGCAUUGUGGAGGGAACGAAGCUCUGCCGUGCCAGCGCCGAGUCGUACAGCACUGAGUAUUUCUCCGCGUCCGGUGGUAUCGAGGCGGCACGUCAGCGUGCCGUCGAGCCUGUCAGCGAGAGCAACCCGGUGCGCAGCUCCGACAUUUUCCUCGCGGUCCAGGCGAUCCUCACGGACGAGGACAAGGCCUUGUUCCAGGGUGGCUCCUCGACCGAGAAGGAGAAGGACUCGUCGGCCGUGCUGGAGGAGGACAGCAGCGAUGAGGUCGUCUGCUUCGCGAUCUACAUUUCUGACCCGGUGCACGACAUCCAGUACAGCGCGCUGAGCCAGAGCCUGCCUGCCAAGUGGAUCCGCUGGCUGGAUGCAGUCAGUCCCCUGACCCCAGGAAGCAGCAGUGAUGGUGCUGUUGCUGAUGUUGAGAAUGUGCCUGAUGAAAUCCGCAACAUCGUGGAGAGCGGAGGCGUUGACCCGCGAGAGUGGGUGGCCGAGUGGGUUGAGGAGGUUCUCAAUCUGUCUGUGGGCAUUGUGGCGCAGAGAUAUGUUGCGCGACGCAUGGGUGUUGGCGAGGGCGGCAUCGGCAAAGGUAAGAGGAGGAUGGAAGAGGUUGUAGCGGAAGGUGGAGGCGAGGCUGCGAGGGCCGGCGUCAUCUGAGUAAGUCGAAAUUGAGAAUCGGCGCCUCUUGUGACGCACCGUGCUCAAGAGAUGCUCUGGUCGUUCUGCAGGAUUGGCCCAUGAUGGGGCCUGUGCCCUGGGGUGUGACGAGGCGCAGUAGCCAUCGUGCUCCCCAUCUCCCUCGUUCUCUAUACGGGCAAUUUCUUUUGGAUAUUGAGAGGCGUUUGGCGUGUACACGGAGCCUGGAAGGCUGGUACAACAGGUUCUCAUUUUCAUGUCAAUAUCUCUUGACGAAUGCAGCAGCAACAGGUCACUGCAGGAAUCUCAAUUGUGGUCCAAUGACGUUUGUCUCGAGCACGCUCUUUUCAAAGAUCGUGCUCAGCAUCCAUACGCCUCUCACCAUCGUCUAAUUACAUGCGGCCAGGAAAGCCAGAAACCUUUCUUUAUUUUUUUAUUUUAGGGUUCUUCCCCCCUUG